UACCAAACCGCGGGGUAACAAAUUGACCGCAACCGAUCUUCGUGAUGCCUUUGCUGUUGUUUAAUUUGUAUGUAACAGUUUGUAUUUAAAACCACGUGUUCACUUUUUAUGUGCGUUAACCUGCAUUAUUUGGCUGCCUUAACCUAUUAUAAUCGGCACAGAAUGUGAUCCGUUCAUUUCAGUCUUUAUUACAUGGUUUUUAAAAGUGAUAUUGAGUAAAAAGGUUUCAUAGGAGUUACGCUAGCGUGAGGUGGCGGUAUAUUGGUAAGCACGUCGUCGAGAUGUUUACUCAAGUAUGGCAAUUAGAAUUAUGCUUUUUUUUUUUUUGCAAGCGUUCAACGAGUGUAAUGCGUACGUCGCCGAAUGGAAAAAAUGGCUUACCGGGCACAAUGUUAACUUUUUCUUAAAUCUGCGAAAAGUGUUAGGUUCCACCGAGAUUUGAACUCGGAUCGCUGGAUUCAGAGUCCAGAGUGCUAACCAUUACACCAUGGAACCAUAUAGUGAAAACGGCUUGCGGUCUUGUUGUUGAAUGUUGUAUAACUAGUGUAUAUAGUAUACUGUUUUUUCUAUUGGGUAUUCUCAAACUGUGAGUCCACCGGGUGUCGUGGAACGAGUUGCUUAAUUUGCAAAUUGUAGGAGCCGCAAGGAGUAAUCUUGGUGGAUGUGAGCACCUCGAGCCACUGGAAUAUUAGAACAAAAUGUCCUUUAAUCGUCUUUGUCAAGUCUUUCCUCUGUGUGGUCCCCUGACUGUGUUGUGGGGGAAAGCGCCUUUUAGUUUUUCCAGGGAGAUUUAAGUCUCAAUACUAAAGUUAAUCGAUGUGUUAUUUACAUUAGAAAGUGCACAAAGGCUGAUACCACUCCUAAAGAAUUAGUAUUAUAAAUUUGUUUUUCUUUACUUUUAAUGUAUUGGAACUGGAGUGGGGACCGGAGGGAUCUUAGUUUUGGCUUGGGGGGCCUUGCGAUAAAAAAUAAUAAUCGAGUAGCGCCGCUAUAGGUAAUUAAAUAGGGUUACAUAAUCAUAGUUUGUAAUUUUACAUACAAAGAUUUUAUAUAAUACACGGGAUUGAACGUAACACAUUACAUUGCACCGACUCUACAAAUGAAUGCAUGCCAUAGAUAAUUAAAAUUGUUGUAUAAUUAUGGGAUGUUUUUAUUUUACCGUAAGCUUAUGUAUAAUAUACUGAUCGGGCUUAACACGUUUAAUUGCACCGACUUUCAUUAAAUGAUGUACUGCAUGUGCAUACAAUGUGAAUGAAGACCGACUCUCCUUUGUACUAGAGUAGCAAAGUAUCGUCAGGAUGCGGCAGAUGAUCCAGUCAGAAUGCAAAGCUUUAUAAUGAAUAGUUUAGAUGUCUUUUAUACGCAAGCUUAAUUUUUAAGAUGAAUUCAAAUAAAUGUAGUCAAAUUAUAUUACGCCACCUUUGAGUCAUUUGUAAUUUAAACAGCAUUGUUUAUCUCAUUCAUGACAUCGCCUAGUAAUUGACACGUUUGUGGUCACCAGUAGCUUCAAAGGCUUAAACCUCUGAUAUAUUGUCUAAUCCGUAUAAGAUCCACCUCCAGCAACUAAUCGAUUAUACACAUGUAUGAAUGUGUCCAAAGACCCUCAAAUUCAGUUUUCCGGUAUAAUCCGGAUUAUAUCAGAUUUUAGAAACGCCCCUGGCGUUCAUCCUGUGAUGGAAUGUCGUCUCGUGCUUGCGCGGAUUGGCUCCAGCUUCCCCUGGUUGGAAGAUCCAGUACUGAAUGAUGGCAGCUCUUUGGACUUAGAGGACUUGCAGCUGUUUGGUGGAUACAGCCCAGAUCACCUGGACAACAGUGGAGAAGAAACUCAGGGGAAAAAUGAUAGCGAAGAAGGAACAGAGGCACAGCCUUUGUUUAGAACAGAGGUUUCAAGUGGAAAGGUUAAAGGGCUCAGAGGGUCAAAUAGUGAACCUGCUGUGUGUGAGAUGUGUGGCGUUGUGGGAACCAAGGACACCUUCUUCUCCAAAACAAAGAGGUUUUGCAACGUUUCUUGCUCAAGAAGUUACUCCUCCAACUCAAAGAAGGCAAGCAUCUUGGCCAGACUGCAGGGCAAGCCACCAACCAAGAAGGCCAAAGUGCUUCAGAAAACUACUUGGCCCUCAAAACCUGGAACCUUAGCAAAUUCACAGAGAGCUGUGCAGCAACAGGAAAGCACAAGGAUUAGUCAUGCAGUCCUUGCACCGAGUUUUGACUGGGGAGCUUACCUGAAAGUGAAUGGCAGCAGUGCCGCCCCAGUGAGCAGUUUUCAACACGUUCCUCUCUGUGACCAAUGGGAGGAUGUGUGUGUGGGAGUAAAAGUGGAGUUACUAAACAAUGAUGCUGUUCUGCCCAGCAAAGUAUACUGGAUUGCACACAUCGUUCAACUGGCUGGGUACAGGGCGCUAAUGCGAUAUGAGGGUUUCGAAAAUGAUGAUACUCAUGACUUCUGGUGCAACUUGGGUACCACAGAAAUCCACCCAAUUGGCUGGUGUGCAGUGAAUGGAAAGCUUCUGGUGCCACCACAGAGUUUGCAUGAGAAAAUUGAUGACUGGAAAGCAUAUUUGACGAAGAGAUUAGUGGGAGCAAAGACCUUGCCUGUGGAUUUUUAUGUUAAGAUGGCCGAGAGUAUGAAGUAUCCUUUCCGGCAGGGAAUGCGUGUCGAGGUGGUGGACAAAGAUCAGCUGUCUUGUACUCGUUCGGCCAUCGUGGACACUGUAAUUGGAGGUCGCCUGCGCCUUCUGUAUGAAGAUGGGAAUACUGAGAGCGAAUUCUGGUGCCACAUGUCAAGCCCAAUUCUUCAUCCUGUGGGCUGGUCCCAGCAAGUGGGCCAUAAGAUGAGAAAAUAUGGUAAUAAAUCAAAUACUGGAAGCAACCCUGUCGCCCGAAAGGUUUACUGUGAUGCUUCUUCCACACUUUUCAAAAAGGCUCGCAUUGUGUAUACAGAAGGUGGAUUCUUUGAAGUUGGGAUGAAGCUAGAAGCAAUUGAUCCCUUAAAUCUGGGCAAUAUUUGUGUUGCCACAGUGCAAAAGGUCCUGUUGGAUGGGUACUUGAUGAUUGGUUUGGAUAUUACCGAGACACCUGACAGCAAUAACUGGUUCUGCUUCCAUGCUUCCUCACAUGCUAUCUUUCCUGCUGGCUUCUGUGACCGCAAUGAAAUUACCCUCACUUUACCAUUUGGUUAUGACAAGAUCUCCUUUUCUUGGUCGCAGUAUCUCAAAAACACGGGCAGCAGAGCAGCUCCACCGCGCCUGUUUAACACGGACCGUCCUAACCAUGGGUUCAAACCUGGCAUGAAACUGGAGGCAGUGGACCUCAUGGAACCACGGCUGAUCUGUGUGGCCACAGUUUGCUGGACUGUCGGACGGUUGCUGCGUAUCCAUUUUGAUGGCUGGGAUGACGACUAUGAUCAGUGGGUAGAUUAUGAGUCCCCUGACAUCUAUCCAGUGGGCUGGUGUGAACUUAUAGGCUUGCAGCUACAGCCUCCAUUAUCUGCAGAGGAGCACCUAAACAAGCCAAAACAGGAGCAGAAGAAAAAGAAGCCAUUGGGAAAAAGAAAGAGAAAGCUCUUACGGAAGAAGUUAGCAUCACUUAUUGCAAAGAACAGGCCUCCUCGACGACCAAAAGUAGAACCUUCAAUCCUACCAAACCCUGAAGAACAGCAGGUGCCAUUAGUAUUAAAGUCGGAAGAAAAAGCCGUCUUUGUUGAUUCCAAAGAGAAUGAAGAGCUCUCGGGGACAGGAGACUCUCGGGAUGUCACACAGUUGGUUAUCAAGACAGAGCUCAAUGAGUGAGACGAAAACAGUCGGGAUUUUUUGUUUGUCCCCCACAAUGUGAAGUAAAUAGACUAUGUUUAUUGAUUUAUUAUUAUUAUUUUUUUUUUUUUUUUGUUUAAACCUCCAUGAGGUUAACAAAGAAAGAAGAUUGGAUGCAAGGCAUCACUUUAGCCAGACUAAGUGAGCCAUUAAUGGCAACAUAACCUGCUUGCCUAUACCCUCGUUUUCAGAGGUUGUCAAAUGAUUUAUAAUAUAUUUAUAUAUAUUUUUUAGAGAUAAUACAAAAGAGUACACAGACUUUGAUAAGAUUUCUACCAGGAAGUUUGAAUUGUCCUGUUUGUAUUUAUAGAUGUCAAGUUGUUAGUAUGUGAUCCUGCAAAAGAUUUAAAGUGGGCAGUGGUGGGGAUUACAAGUGGUAAUAAGAUUCUAAAGUAAUAUAACGCAUAGGCCAAAAUGUUUUCAAUUACUUGUGAAUAAAUAAAGUUGAUUGUGACCUUACAUUAAAAAAAAAA